AAGCCGCUGACGACAAGGGGGAUAAAAAUAUCGGCAUGUCCAACCCUCUGCUGAAUCCUGUGGUUCUCGACUUAGUUUUCGCCCGGCUCUCCAUCCCCGAAUUGAAGCAAGUUCGUUUCGUCUGCCGCGAAUGGAGCGACGUCAGUGCGACCGUGUUAGGAAAGCGGACAUUUCUUAAGGCCAACAAACUCUUCCGCUACGACGGGACCAAUUUAUCCCGACCGGCCGCCGUGGCUGAAAAUUUGAUCCGACGACUCCGUAUCCACUCGGAUUCUUCUCAUUUCCACCCGUCCAUCCCCACCAAGAUGCGUGAACUAAAGUUAUCACCAAGGUCAUGCCCGAGGUUGCUCAACAAUUCACGCAAGAACUGCAGGUUCGCCUCAACCGGAAGAAGCAUAUGACCGGAUUUCUCAAAGGGUUCCGGAAGCUGGAAUCCACAAACCUUCGCCACGUUUCUCUCCACAUCAAUAUGGUCAAGUCGUGGGGCAAGGAAUUUCCGGUUCUGAAAAAACUAGCCGUUCAAUCAACCUUGACCUCUUUCCAGUUUCACUAUGAGUAUUCCACGCGUUGUAGUUCCCGCAGUCAUCUUGCGAUUCGACCCUUCCUCCAAAUUUGGCUUGAUUCCGCACCCAACUUGACCGUCUUGAAAAUCCAGGCUAAUUUCUACCCGGAUCUGAAAGGGUGCAAAAGCAUCAAGGUUUUUGAAUUUAAAUUUAUUAAGAUUUCAUUAUAUAAUGCACGGGGUGCCUUGAAUUUGACCGAGGUGACCGGCAUGCUGACCCAAAUCAAGGAUUCCGUCGUCGAGGUGAAGUUGGAUGCAAUCUGUGACAGUUAUCGUCAGGUAAAAAUAAUUACGACGCAGAAGAUGCGAAGAGAUCCCUGGAACAUUUAAACGGUUAUCGGAUCGCGGGUCGUGCUAUGAGGGUUGCCUACUGGCAAAAUAAGACCACAACAGCCUACCCCCUACGUUUCCCACCUCCCCAUCGCAAUUCUCGCCCCGCUUUGCUCCCGACUCCCUCCCAACUCCCUACUCGGCGACAGGAGGCGACUGUAUGUACAUCACCACCGCCUACUACCACGACGCGAUGGGGAUCAUGCUCGUCUACGACAUCACGAAUGAAAAGAGCUUUGAAAACAUCAAAAACUGGAUCAUCGAGGAGCAUGCCGGAGGAAGUUAUCCUCCAUGUUCCCCGUAACCCCGCACAGCUUCAGAUGGAUCGAGAUAUGCUGAUCGCGCAUCAAUUGGAUUUAGUUUCCAAAUAUUUCAAUCGUUGAUGACGAAAUAAAAUAAAAUCAUAUUUGAAAUAAAAACACGAUAAAAAAUA